ACAUUUGACAUUGUGCCUCGCAGUACGUUACAUGGCAACGUCAUUAAUGUGCGCCGGAGGAAGUGGUAACGUUGAUUCUGCUAGCGAUUGUCUCCAAGCAGGAUGCCCCUUCCUGCAGCACUGCUGGCCCGCUUGGCCAAGAGAGGGAUUGUGAAACCCACAGAGCAAGGGGCAGAUGAGGAGAUUAUUGCUGAAGAUUACGACGACAACAAUGUCGAUUAUGAAGCUACCAGGGUAGAAAAUCUGCCGCCCAAUUGGUAUAAAGUGUUUGACCCCUCUUGUGGCCUUCCUUACUACUGGAAUGUGGAAACAGACUUAGUGGCGUGGCUGUCGCCAAACGACCCGUCUGCUCAGAUAACAAAAGCUGCGAAGAAACAAAAAGUGGAGGCAGGGGACGACCGAGUUGAGCGACAGUCUGAAAAAAUGGACAGAGAGCGGGACCGAGAUCGCGAGCGCUAUCGAGACAGAGAUCGGGAUAGAGAGCGUGACCGUGAGAGGGAUGAGCGCCGCGAACGAGACAGAAGAAAGCAGAGGAGGGAAGACACGGCACCCUACAACAAGGGCAAAAGAGGUAAAAAAGACGAUGAAAUGGAUCCCAUGGACCCAAGUGCAUAUUCUGAUGCUCCGAGGGGCUCGUGGUCAAGCGGCCUUCCCAAACGCAAUGAAGCAAAGACAGGAGCCGACACCACGGCCGCCGGGCCUCUGUUCCAGCAGCGACCAUACCCGAGUCCGGGAGCCGUACUCCGCGCUAAUGCAGCGAACCAAGUUGUGAAGGAGUAACACCAACUCCCAGCUGUACUUGUACUGUACGUAUUUGGUCAUGACGUUGGAAGUCUUGUAUAAGUCAUUUCGUAAAUUACAAUUAUUUGCUGGGCAGUCUGGUCUUCAAUACCACUUUAUGUCUUUUUUUUUUUUUUUAAACAUCUUAAUACUGACAGAUGUAACCUCAUUUGUCACCAUUGCAGAUCCAGAUGUUUUUCCCAUGGUAGCCGUUUGCUUUUAUUUCCAUUUGAUAGCUCUUGAAUCAAGAAGAACCCGUGUCAGUACUGUAUGUUGUUUCAUGACCGAAGAUGGAUGGCCAUUAGAAAACACACUUG